AAAAGCUGCAUUGUAAAUGGGAAUCUAAUUGCUUGCGCUUCACUUAUAGAAUCAUCAGAGUAAUCAUUCCCUAAAAUGAAGAAACACAUCCAUUGAUCACAUCAAACACCUUCAAAGUUAAAACUAACCCCACAUUAAACAGGUCAAAAUCUCAAAGGCCAGACCAAAAAGCAAAUCACCCAUCAUCAUCAUUAUCAUCCCACCAUCUCAUUUUCCGCUUCUUUUUCUGGGUUUUCCUGAUUAAGACCUACUCACACUUAAUUAAAAAUAAAUAAAUUAUGAAUAACUACUAAUUUGAUUUGUAGUUGGUGGGUGUUUGCUUAACUAAUUCCGUUUUCAUUGGAGAUUACCCUCAAUUUUAAAAUAAUCCUUUCUUCUAAUUUUUGACGAAUUUUCAUUUUUUGACGAAAUUCCAUUGACUUAGCAGAAGAAGCAGAGAGAGAGAGAGGAGAGAGAAAAUGGGGUUGUUGAGUCACAAGGUGGAGAGGGAGGAGAUCAAAUCAGGGGAUCACAUUUACACUUGGAGAGCUGUCUUCACUUACUCUCACCAUGGCAUAUUUGUGGGUGGAAGCAAAGUUGUUCAUUUUACUCCUGACCGUUAUCAAAAUCAGAAUGCAGAGGCUUCUGACAAUUCUGAUCUUGUGAAGGAGACUUCAUGUCCUACUUUUCCUGAUUGUGGAUUCAGGCAACCAAAAAGUGGAGUUGUCCUCACCUGUCUAGACUGCUUUCUUGGCAAUGGAUCACCUUACUUAUUUGAAUAUGGAGUAACCCCAUCUGCCUUUAUUGCCAAAGUAAGGGGUGGGACAUGCACCACUGCCCAACCUGAUCCACCUGAGUAUGUCAUCCACCGGGCAAUGUAUCUUCUUCAAAAUGGGUUUGGGAACUAUAAUGUAUUCGAGAACAACUGUGAGGACUUUGCAUUGUACUGUAAAACUGGUCUAUUGUUAAUUGAUAAAGUAGGGGUUGGAAGAAGUGGUCAAGCUUCUUCUGUCAUUGGGGCCCCACUGGCUGCUCUACUUUCUUCUCCUCUCAAGUUGUUGAUGCCAAGUCCUGUGGGUGUAGCUACUGUGACAGCCGGGAUGUACUGUAUGAGCCGUUAUGCUACAGAUAUUGGGGUCCGUACUGAUGUGAUUAAGGUAGCGGUAGAGGACCUUGCUGUUAACCUCGGUUGGAAUGAGUCCGCGGAAGAAGAAAUUCCUGAUGAAGGAUCUUCAACUGCACUGAUUACUCUGUGACAUACAUGACAUAUCUAAGUCACGUGUUGAGCCAAGUACAUAUAUCUUCUCAUUAGAAUUCACAAGUGUCAUAUGGGUGUUUGUCAUGAAUAAUUCUAAUUUUUGUCACGUUGAUAUUUAUCGUCUGUUUGAAACCUUGUAAGUUGUAACUUCAGUGAAUUUCCAAUCAAUGAAAUCAUGGAAGUUUAUGCUCAA